CUAACCUCGCCCCUGCUUUUGUGCAUGACGAGAUGAGUGUAUACUAAUGUAAUCUUUGUUUAACUGCUUUGUACCUAUCUCGCUAGGAAAGCGGCUAUGGCGAGCUUGGGCCUGCCUUCUUCAUCAUCGUUUACGGUUGGGUCCUCGCGAUCGCUUCCAGGUAGACGAGUGUUGAUUGAAUUCGGAGGAGCCUGGACGAGACAAGGGGUCGGGCUUCGUCUGCGUUCCAAAGGGUCAUUUGUUGUCUACUCGGUUGCGGCUACAAAGGAAGUGGUCCCUGCAAACCUGGAGAAAGAACCACACAAGUAUUUCGACCAAGUAACUAUCAUCGUGCGUUCCGGUGAUGGAGGUGAUGGAGCCAUCCUCAGCAUGCCAAAGCCUCCCGCGGAUAAGGAGGAGGCGAAGAAGAGAAAGAAGCUCAACUGGGGACCUCUUCGCAAGGCUCCAGACGGCUCGAUUUUACUCCCAAUGGGUGGUCAUGGUGGUGACGUCGUGAUUGCUGCCGACGAGACUGCGGACUCGCUCCUUGAGUUUCAUAAGAAGAAGAGAUACAAUGCGAGGCGGGGCUCCGAUGUGGGUGCAGUGAAAAUCUUGACUCCCAGACUCCGCGAUGCUGGUGCUGCUCCAACUCUUAAGCUCUACGUGCCUGUUGGGACUGUUGUGAAGCAGAAAACAGGCUCCAAGCUCUUGGCCGACUUAACCAAACCAGGAGACAAAAUUCUUGUAGCUCGUGGAGGCCGUGGAGGAAUGAGCAUGUUGAACAACCCGGUCAGCAGGAAAGUACCACAAAAGUUAAUAGCACCAAUCGUGACUGAUCCAAGGGACAAGACGCUGAUAAAAGGUGUCCCAGGUGAAGAGCUUGUUCUGGAGCUGACACUACGAGUCGUUGCUGAUAUUGGACUAGUGGGACUGCCAAACGCAGGGAAGUCUUCACUACUAGCUGCAGUGUCGCAAGCUAGGCCAGACAUUGCAGCAUAUCCAUUUACAACUUUGAUGCCAAACCUUGGAAGACUUCAAGGCGAUCCCGAGACACCUGAUGGAGGUUUGUGCGGUGGAGCAACGAUGGCGGACCUUCCGGGGCUGAUUAAAGAUGCACACCUUGGUAAAGGACUUGGACGCAUGUUUUUACGCCACUUACGAAGGACAAGGUUGAUUCUUCAUGUGGUGGACGCUUCAGCUGACAAUCCCGUGGAGGACUACAAAGUCCUCUGUGAGGAGCUUCGCAUGUAUAAUCCGGAGUACUUGGACAGACCUCACAUUGUUGUGCUGAACAAGCUCGACUUGAUACAAGAAAAGGGACGUGUAGAAGCGAUCAAGCAACGAAUUCUGGAAGUACCAGAUGUCCCAAGCAUGCAAGAUGAUGAUCAAACUGCCAGAAGUUAUCCUCGAGCAGCGGCUGUUGUUGGCAUCAGUGCACUGAAACGAGAAGGCAUCAGUAAUGUGCUCAAACAAGUCCGGCGUAUACUAAAAAUUUUGGAACAAGCCGAGGAAGGAGAUCAAGCAUAGAGAUCGAUCCCCCAGAACCUUGCAGGCUGGUUGCUUCGGAGCUUCUUGUCCACCUGACUGAUCUUCUUUAUUUCUUCGUCAGAGAGCUGGAAAUCAAAGAUGUCGAUGUUCUCUUCCAAACGCUUGGCCUUGCUCGACUUCGGUAUCACGCUUGUGUUCCUCUGAAGACCCCAUCGCAGCAUAACUUGGGCCGGAGUCUUUUCAUACUUCUUUGCCAGUUCCUGAAACACACAAAGUUUGUAACUUGGAAGAAAGAAUGGAACAAAGGUUUGCUUUUUUUUCA